CACCCCUACAACAACAAGUGGUCUGUCUCUAUUUAAACUUUAGCCACUAUCAAAACUUUCAUGUUUUGUGCUUAGGUGUCCUAAUGGAGGGUAAAAUUGUAAUUGAUCUUCUUCCACAUCCCAACUAUGAUGAAGGUCUCUUUGCCAAUGGCCUCAAGGACUUAAGAAAUGUGAAAGAACAGUUGUAUUCAGCUGCAGAUCAUUUUGAAGAUUCGUAUUACAAGAAUGAUCAGAAACAAAUGUUGUUUGAAAGCUUAAAGAACUACAUCUCCAAAUCUCUCAUUAAAACCAUAGACCAUUUGGGGUCUGUCAUGUAUAAACUCAACAACUUUCUAGAUCACAAUGUCAAUGAAGCUUCCAGACUAAACCUUCAACUCUUAUGCAUUGAACAGAGGUUACAAACAUGUCAAGCAUAUGCUAACAAAGUUGGAUUAUAUCAAUACUUAGAGACUCCACAGACACCCAAGUGUCCUAAGAAGUACACUCUCCCAGGUGGAUUUUUAUUUUUUAAAAAUUUCUCAUGUAUCUUAUUGAGAUUUUUUCUAAUUAUUGCUACAGAGAAUUGUGUUUUUGAAGGAAAGGCUGAGUCAUUUGGUGUAAGCAGAAAGGGGUAUUCUGGACAAUUCCCACCGGGUUCAGUUGACUUUUCAUUUAGAAAGGCUGCAUUGAACAAAAGAAUAGAAAAACGAUCAAGAUCAAUUUCACCUAUUCGAUUCCGGAUAAAGCGAUCAGAGUCUGCAUCUUGUGCUCAUAGAUCCAUGAGUCCAAACAUAUCAAGAAGAUCUUGUUCAUCGUAUCCACAAAGAGAAAGUCCAAAAGAUAUGGAAGCCUACUCUAAGAAAACCAGAAAUCUUUUCAAACUGUUGCUCAACAUGUACAAGUCAAAGAAUAAGGCGUAAAAAGAUCCUGAAAAGCGUACAACUUAAUUUGUUUCUAUCGAUGUUUUGCUAAUCAUUAACCAAAAAUAAACAAUUUGUUUCUUUUCCUUUUGGGGGAGUGGUUUUGUGAGAAAAGUGGGGUCUAGUCAAAUCCAAGAUCAAAACUUGGGAAGUCUGCAUUUCUUGAGUUUGUAUUCUUGAAAUCAUUCAGAUCAUUGUAAUCUUUAGAAGAAUCUGGUGAUUUAGUAUCAGUAUCAUCAUCAACUGGUUUGCAAUUUUCCUCAUUGCAAAUUGCCACGUCAGAAGUACUAGUAUAUGAGUCUUUUUGCUUCUCUAUUUCA